AUGGUGGUGAACAAAAAAUCGGAAUUCCCAAUUAUAGAAAAAAUUUUUACGUUGAAAAAAAAUGAUAACCCACAAUAUUAUGAAGAUAUAAUAAAUAAAAAAAAAAAUUUAAAAAAAAUAAUAAAUAUAAAUAAUGUUAAAGAUGAUUUGCUAAAUCAAGAUUUGUCUUUGGAUAUAUGUCAAAAGAAAAAAGACUAUUACUUAAAUACAAAAAGUACAAAUAAUAUUCAAAAUUAUUUUUAUUUUUAUGAUUACCGAAAAUGUGUUUAUAAUAUCGAUGGAAAAAUAUAUAUGGAAAAAAACCCAGUUCAAAUAGUAGACAACACUAAAGAAAGGGAUAUCCGAUUGAACGAGCUAAUUCCCAUUCAGAAUUACAACUCAUUCAUAUAUGCCUACAAUAUAUAA